ACCGAACCAAUAGAAUGGGUUGAUACAACACCAAUACUGGACUAUUUCGAUUUUGGUGCGUAUUUUUAUUAUGUCGCCGAUGCUCUAGUCAAAAAUGGAUAUGUGCGAGGAGAAACAUUGUUCGGUGCACCAUACGAUUUUCGAAAAGGCCCAAAUGAAAACGGCGAAUGGUUUGAGAGAUUGGCCUAUUUGACCAGGCGCACACGAUAUUCCCUGUAUUUGACCGAAUACGUGUACAGCAUCAACAACAAUAUUGGAAUAACAUUCAUCGCUCAUUCAAUGGGCGGCAGAAUGCUUUUAUAUUUUCUCCAAGAAAUGCCACAAGAGUGGAAAGAUGUUUACGUGAAACGAGUCAUUGCACUGUCUGUUCCCUGGAGUGGCAGUACAAAUACGCUCAAAGCACUUUCCGUCGGAUAUAAUUUUGGUAUUAAUCUUGUCAACAGCCAAAAAAUGAAAGAGGUUGAAGAGACCUAUCCAUCGGUUGUGUGGCUUCUACCGUCAGAGUACUUUUGGAAGGAAAAUGAAGUAUUGAUCAUCAUGAAUUGUU